GCUGUCAGCCAGGCAAAAUGGCCGAAACUGUGGGGAAGGGUGUGCAACGGAGAGGAGCUUUAAGGCAGAAAAAUGUGGCUAUUGUUAAGGAUCAUAAAAUGGUGCAAAGGUUUUUCAAACAACCUACAUUCUGUGGUCACUGUAAGGAUUUUAUAUGGGGAUUUGGAAAGCAAGGAUUCCAGUGUAAAGUGUGCAGUUUUGCAGUACAUAAGAGAUGUCAUGAAUAUGUGUCAUUCCAGUGUCCAGGUGCAGACGCGGGACCAGAUUCUGAUGCUACCAAUUUACACAAGUUUAAAGUGCACACUUACGGGAGCCCAACAUUCUGCGACCAGUGUGGUUCAUUAUUGUAUGGGCUCAUCCAUCAAGGCCUCAAGUGUGAGGCAUGUGAUAUGAAUGUACAUAAAAGAUGUGAGAAGAAUACACCAAAGUUAUGUGGCAUUGAUCAUACAGAACGCCGAGGCAGGAUUCUACUCAAGACCUACUCAGAUGGUGAUAGACUCAUAGUUGAAGUAAAAGAAGCAAAGAACCUUAUACCAAUGGAUCCAAAUGGACUUGCUGACCCAUAUGUGAAGGUGAAAUUAAUACCAAAUGAUGAAAACAAAACAAAAAAGAAAACUAAAACAGUGAAAGCUACACUCAAUCCAUUGUGGGAGCAGACAUUCGAUUUUAACCUUAGUCAAGAGGAUUUUGCAAAAAGACUUUCUAUAGAAGUAUGGGACUGGGAUAGAACGUCCCGAAAUGACUUUAUGGGCUCACUGUCCUUUGGUAUAUCAGAAAUAAUGAAGGAGCCAGCUGAAGGAUGGUUCAAACUACUCAGUCAGGAAGAAGGAGAGUUUUAUGGUUUACCUGUUGUAGAUGAUGUCUCGGCCAAUAUACAAAUGAUUCGCUCAAAAAUGGCGGACACGAAGAUAGAUAAGAGACCCCCUCCUGUAGACCUACCACAGAAUAUGAGUAAACAAGACAUUGUCAGGGCCUCAGAUUUCAAUUUCCUCACUGUUCUAGGCAAAGGCAGCUUUGGAAAGGUAGUUUUAGCAGAGCGUAAAGGCACAGAUGAACUAUAUGCCAUUAAAAUCCUCAAGAAAGAUGUGAUAAUUCAAGAUGAUGAUGUAGAAUGUACGAUGAUAGAGAAACGUGUUCUUGCCUUGCCAAGUAAACCACCAUUCCUUGUUCAGCUUCAUUCCUGUUUCCAAACCAUGGAUAGAUUAUAUUUUGUAAUGGAGUAUGUAAAUGGUGGAGAUUUAAUGUUUAGAAUACAACAGGAAGGGAAGUUCAAGGAACCUAUAGCUGUGUUUUAUGCAGCAGAAAUAGCUAUUGGUCUUUUCUAUUUACAUUCUAAAGGAAUAAUUUAUAGAGAUCUUAAAUUAGACAAUGUAUUAUUGGAUGCUGAAGGACAUGUGAAAAUAGCAGAUUUUGGAAUGUGUAAAGAAGGAAUUUUAGCAGAAAAAACGACAAAAACAUUCUGUGGCACUCCAGACUACAUAGCACCCGAGAUUGUCUUAUAUCAACCGUAUGGUAAAUCAGUGGACUGGUGGGCUUACGGUGUUUUACUAUAUGAAAUGUUAGCAGGACAGCCACCGUUUGAUGGAGAAGAUGAGGAGGAGCUGUUCACAUCAAUCACAGACCAUAAUGUGUCCUACCCUAAAUCCAUGUCUCGAGAGGCUGUCGCAGUCUGCAAAGGGUUACUUACCAAGAACCCUGCAAAGCGAUUGGGCUGCGGCCCUACAGGUGAGAGAGAUUUCAAAGACCAUGCUUUCUUCAAGAGAAUUAUCUGGGAGAAGAUAGAAAACCGGGAAGUUCAGCCACCAUAUAAACCCAAAAUCAGAGCAAGAAAAGAUGUAAGCAACUUCGACAAAGAGUUCACCUGUGAACAGCCCAAGUUGACACCCACUGACAAACUCUUCAUUAUGAACCUUGAUCAAACAGAAUUCGCGGGGUUCUCCUUUGUCAAUCCGGAAUAUAUUCUCACAGUUUGAGGCUACUUUCGCCAAUAAAACUCUUUGUUUUUCGUAUACUUUGCUGUGGAACUAAUCAAGUUCUUCUGUAAAACGUGCUCACUGAUUUUGCAAUAUCAGGGCUAAAAUAAAAUGAUAUAUGCGUAUUUAUACGAGAGAAAAGAGCGGGAACUCGACUUUCACAUGCAGCCUUCUAUAUAUUCUAUCAAUCAAUGCAUUUGUUUUUCAGUGUUAGCUUUAUCAUAAGGGCAUAAAUGCCUGUUUGUAUAUGUUGUCAUCAAUAUAUUUCUUCUUUUUCUGUAAAAUAUGUACCGAUAUAUAAAUGGCCAAGAUGUUACUAUUUAUUUAGCUAGUAUAUACACAUCAAAUAUUCAUUCAUGAACCCAUGUUGUUAUUUGUUCUCACUACAUAAACUUGUUAUAGAGGGGACUUAGUGCAUAUAACUCAUAUCUUUUACGUUUACGUCACUGCCUCUGUUUCACAAUUCAUGCUCUCCGAAAUUAAGAAAGAAAAUCCGUAUAUGGGCAAUCGAAAUGUUUUGCCUCAUAGUUACAUAUAGCUUGGUUACCGAUUUGAAUUCUUUGCAAUUCGCAAACACAUAUCUGAUAUUAAAUCCGUUUGCAUUAUUUGUUUCAAAACCUGAUACGUGGAAAUAUAAUACAUGUAUCUUACCAUUAGAUUAGAUAAAUCGUGCUCAUCGUCUGGCCGAGUAUCUUACAUACAGAGAACAGAUCUAAUCAUAAGCACUUAGUAUUCUUGACGACAAAUUGCAACUAUAGCCAAACUUCGUUCGCUCGAACUCGGUUAAUUUGAAUAUUCUCUCUUUUGGUCCCGGCAAAAUCCCUGUGUAAUGUGCAUUGUUCAAUCCUGGUAACCGUGUCGAGUUCGAGCAAACGAAGUUCGACUUAUACAGACGAUUAAAAAUAUCCAAUGCCUGUCUUUCACUAGAUUUUACUUCAAAUGCUUGAGAAUCUAAUGUCUAAAAUAAUAGUGUAUGUAGAGCUACAUUUAUAUUCAAAUAUUAUAAAA